AGUUACAAAAUGCUAAAGUAGUUGAUGUCAGUUGUAAUAAUAAUAUUACGUACUGCGGAAUGCCCUUGUGGAAGACCAGAGAUAUUCCGCUUGUAAACAAGAGCGUUUGGGUUUCUUCAAAAGCCCCAACCAUUAAUCAGACUGAAGAAUCAAUAUUAACAGCGGCUUGGAAUAGUACCACUGACGAAGCUAGAAGAUUGUACUUGAACGUAUCGGGAUCAAAUCGUUUGAAUCUUAUUUUGGUACCUCGUGCGGGUGUAGUGCUCAACUCUUGGUCACUGCUUGACAACGUUACUACAACCAUCACGUGGAAUGACAGACCACUUUAUUUCAUUUUGCUAAGUUCAGCAUCGGAUCCAGCAGGUCCUUGGCAAUUGUGGCUAGAUAUGACGGUUUCCACGGAUGUGGAUGCCGUUAUCGAUAUCCUCUUCGUCAGCCAUUACUUUUUAUACUCAAGAUUGGCGGAUUUACCCUAUAAAUCCAUUUUAAAUCAAUUACCACCAUGGGUAGUACCACUGCAUUGGACAUCAACAACAAAAUCAUAUAUUUUUUGAAAAAUUGUCUAAAUGCAGUUUCUACCGUACUUUAUUAAUGGUGAAGGGAAUAUUGG